CCAGAGCCUGCAGUGCCGGAUCGCGCUAACCCAAAGAUCCGUAUAAGCAAUAUCAAACUCUCGGCUCUUCAGAGGGGACAAAACUGGAAGGCAGUGAGGGAAGCCUCAAAAAUCUGCACUGGACAAGUGAGCUAGGGUCAAAUUCUCUGAGGGGAAUUCUUUUUUCUUUUUAAAUCCCCUUCAACAGAGCAGCUGCUGGUCCCAAGCUUGAAAGCAGUAGAGGAGAGGGGCAGGACGGCAAACAGGGCCACGCAGAGAAAAGUGACUGGAAUGAUAAGAUGAGAAGCAGGCAUGUGCUGCUGAAGCUCUCCCCUAAUGAGGCCCUUCUGGAACUCUUGAUUGUGUUGUCGCUGGGGUUGCACGUCCUAGCUGUGUGCCCCUCCAUGUGCUCCUGUGGCCGCAGCCACAGGGAGGUAGACUGCUCAUGGAGGGGUCUGAGACAGUUGCCUGACGGCCUGCAGCACAACAUGCACUCCCUCAACUUGUCCAACAACCGAUUUCACAACCUGGACGGCCUGCUCACAGCGUAUACCCAUCUCCGUUUCCUCGAUUUGUCCCACAACCGGCUGAGCCACCUGCCCGCCGGCUUGCCUCGUUCCCUCUGGCAGCUCCACGCCGCCUCCAACCGCCUCCAGUUGCUGGACAAGAACGACACGGUCCACCAGUGGAAUCUGCGACUGCUCGACCUCUCCGACAACAAGCUGGAGCGGGUCAUCUUCAUCAACAAUACGCUGAUCAAUCUGUGCACGCUCAACCUUAGCCACAAUCACUUCUGGACUUUGCCCACCAACAUGCCUGUGCGCCUGGAGAAUAUUGAUCUGUCCCACAAUUUGCUUGUGAAGGUGCUGCCAGGCUCUCUGGACCGGCUCCUCAGACUAACUCACUUCUAUCUGCAUGCUAAUCGCUUCUCCACGCUGCCAUUUGGAGUGUUGGACAAGGUGACAUCUAUUAGAGUCAUCACUCUGGGCGACAACCCUUGGUCAUGUCACCUUUAUGCUGACAUCGCCUACUUACUCUCCUGGACUCAGCGUACCCCUGCACGCGUCCUGGGCUGCCCCUGCCACACCCGGCCUGUAUGUGGAGGGGUGCGCCCUGGCAGGACUGGAGGGUGGCACUUUGCCUCCUACAACCUACCCCCCCUGGCAGCGAAUGCCCAGGACCUGAGCUCUAUCCCCCCUGAGGCCAGUGUGACAGGGUGGUGGUACUUCUCUGUUUCUGCUCUGCAAAGCACCCCACACACCCCCAAAGAGAGCUUGAUCACGCAGCACAACCCUUUCACAGCCAUUAGCAUCUCCACACUGCGACCGAGAAGCACAGACACACACCUAACUAUUAAUCACAUUUCUGCUAGCCCAGCUGCCGCAGAGCACAUGCUCCGCACUGAUUCCCAUCUCGUCUCUGGCACAAAGGAAAUCUCACCCGCUGACUCACUCCACACCACCGACGCAUCCUCUUUUUCUGACACAAGCUUCAUUGCUGAAACACCCAUCAUGGCUGACGUGACGCUGGCCACAGGCAGCUUCUUUACAACAGAGAGCCCCUCCAUCCAAAAAAAGAAGACAACUACUCUUCGCACCAGGAGUGUGAGGAGGAAGAAUCAGUCCCUUGCUAACAGCACCCCGACUAUUGCUAGAUGCUAUUUUCACCCUUUACUGCACAACCUGGGCCUUCUGUCUGUCCUUCUGCAACAGGUCCUCUGAAAGACAAAAACACUGACACCUAUCAAUUUACAUCACAAACAAAUACAACACACACAAGACUUUUGACUUUUAGCUUUCUCAGCAAAAGGCAAUUCGCAUUACAAAGGCUUUAUGACAAGUUUAACAAUUCCUGCUAGUAUGGUAUGAUGCUACUUUUAUAAUAAUUGGUCAAAAGACAAUGCAUUAUCUUUUCUAAUAACACUUUUUACAAUCCUCCACUUGAAUGAAAAAAAUACAUUGUAAUAAAUAUAGCUAAGCACAAAUAAUGGCACUAUACAUUCAGGUUAUGUAACUGGGGCUGAUCUGCAACGACAUUUCAAUGCUGUCUAGUACACAUUAUGACCUAAAACAUUAUUGUGCAUCUCAUAUUUUUCCCAUUUUUCUACAAGUAUUGGAUGUAUUUGGCUAUUUGGACGUUGCUUUGGUCAUAUCUUCUUAUUUUAUUUUAUUGCAUUGGCUUUCAAAAAGGUACAACACUCAAAAUGUUGAUUAACUUAUUUUGACUUGUGCCUACAGUGUUGGGGAAGCUACUUUGAAAGCAUAGUAAAGCUACCUUAGGGAUAAUUCUAGUCUAGUUAACUAAAACUACUGAGAAAAAGUAGUUCAAACUAGAACAAAAUAUAAUAUAAAAAGGUCACAUGCCAACAAAAUAUGCCACUCUGUUGAUAUGUAUCUACCUCUUCACAGGUCAUCCAUAAACCAAAAACAAAUACCCCACUAAAAAAAUAUGUAACUUAUAUUUAAAGAACAAUUUGAUGGGGCUGGUCAUGAGGUUUAAUUACAAAAGAAGCCAUGGUAAAAUGUCCUUGUAUUGCCCAAAAUUGUCUGUAGUUUCAGUAGUUAACCACACAAAAAAUGGCAAAGACUUGAAUCACUAUCAAUAUGAAUGUAGUUCUACCAACAAACUAUUGCAACAUAGUUAAACUGCUAGUUUAAUUACAUUUAGUUCUCUACUUUCCAACACUGUUGCCUAUUUGAAUAAACGUCCUUGAUGUCUGCCUGCUUGUUUCACGUCACAAAGCAUACAACUCACCCUCUUUUAUGGAGACAGGGUGUGAGAAACCGGUCAUGCCACGUGCAGAACAGGAAACAAAGGAGACUCAGUGUAGCGGAGGGAAAACAAAUGGACAAUGUUGCAUUACUCUCUUUAACAAACUCUGAGUGCCAAGUGCUGCUUCUGUAUUUUGAUCACAUCUCAAACUUAAGUGUCCUUCAUGAUUCAGUGACGCUCGUGAAAAUGAUCUGCAUGGUGAUUGAACGCUCCAGGAAUACUAACCUAUAUUGCCGCAGAGCAUUAAAGCGCAGACAUUCUCAGCUUGUUUAUGUGAAAUGUUAAGAUAAUCCAAUCUCGAUUGCAUAAAGCAAAGAUAACUGUUUUACAUUUUAGAAAUACCUGGUACCAAAAGGUGCCAAAAUAGUGGGAAAUGUUUCACCGCAAGUUGCAUUUGAUACAUUUAAGGAAAAUACAGUUCCAGGAAAUCAAUUCUUCGGGCGAUUUCUGUAUGAUUAAAUAAAAUUGCUGAGAUAUUUA